UUUUCAGGACAAAUCGGAUAUGCCCUUGUGCCUAUGAUUGCCAGAGGAGUGUUGCUAGGACCUGACCAACCUGUAAUCUUGCACAUGCUUGAUAUCCCACCGGCUGCCGAGUCAUUGAAUGGCGUAAAGAUGGAGUUGGUUGAUGCUGCUUUCCCACUUCUUAAAGGUGUUGUUGCUACAACUGAUGUGGUUGAGGCAUGCACUGGUGUCAAUAUUGCUAUUAUGGUUGGUGGAUUCCCAAGAAAAGAGGGUAUGGAAAGAAAAGACGUGAUGUCUAAAAAUGUCUCAAUUUACAAGGCUCAGGCUUCUGCCCUUGAAAAGCACGCUGCCGCCAACUGUAAGGUCUUGGUUGUUGCUAACCCGGCAAAUACUAAUGCGUUGAUCUUGAAGGAAUUUGCUCCCUCCAUCCCCGAGAAGAAUAUUUCUUGCUUGACUAGAUUGGACCACAACAGGGCAUUAGGCCAAAUUUCAGAGAGAUUGAAUGUUCAAGUAUCUGAUGUUAAGAAUGUUAUUAUCUGGGGUAACCAUUCAUCUACACAAUACCCUGAUGUUAACCAUGCUACUGUCAAGUUACCAUCUGGUGAGGAGAAACCUGUCCGUGAGCUUGUUGCCGAUGAUGCAUGGUUGAAUGGAGAGUUUAUUAGCACUGUUCAACAACGUGGUGCUGCAAUCAUCAAAGCCCGGAAGCUCUCAAGUGCGUUGUCUGCUGCUAGUGCAGCUUGCGAUCACAUUCGUGAUUGGGUUCUUGGAACUCCGGAGGGCACCUGGGUUUCCAUGGGAGUUUACUCUGAUGGAUCUUACAAUGUCCCGGCUGGACUGAUCUAUUCGUUCCCCGUCACCUGUCGUAACGGUGAAUGGUCAAUUGUGCAAGGACUUUCUGUUGAUGAAUUCUCAAGGAAGAAACUGGACUUGACUGCAGAGGAGCUCAGCGAGGAAAAGGCUUUGGCUUACUCGUGCCUCUCCUAAACAGCUUUCCCUUCUUCUUCCUCUUCACGUUCGUAGUAAGGUGGCUCUUAAUUUACGUACUUUUUGAUGAGUGGCUACAGUUUUGAAUAAUGCCAUUGUUAAGAGCUUGAGCUUAUAUAGGAAGCAGUGGAAACAGGACAAUAUUUCUGCUGCCUCUGGUUUAUGUAUUUCCCUCUGUUUUUCCAUUUUGUUGAGGAUUUUAAUUUCCUUACAAGCUUCUUCAACCGGCAAUGAAACCCCCAUCAUCAACUGCCUGUUUGUGUGAUGAGUCUUA